UUCGAGCCCACGGGGUGAGAAGCGGCCCUGGCAAAUGAAGAAGCUGCCCGUGCCAUUGUGGGCUCACAUCAUCAGCAGGGGGCAGUGCACCAAAGCCCAUUGUUGUACUGCACUUUGCUCGCUAUGCCCCAGCGUCUUCACGAAGGGGCCUGCUCAGCGUCUCUGUGGCUACACUAGCCCUCCCUGAGCCCUGAGCCACCCGGCGAAUCGUGUUCUUCACUCAUCGCCACAAUGCAGUGGCGUCUACCCGCUCGUUUGCUAAGUUUAUCAUUCAGCAAAGUCCGAGCGAAGCCAGGGCCGCCGCCGCUGCCUCUCGGUCUCUGCCCGCAGACUCCCUCUCUCUUCGGCUGCCAUUCCAGGACAGACCGUGGCUUCAGCGCGGCCUGUGCGGUCUUUCCGCGGCUGCUGGCAACAAGAAGCCAGCGCUGUGUGUGCUACUCGACGGGCUCCUGGUGGCAGAGACGGAGUCGAGGGACCAGGGGCCGGCAGCUUGUGAAGGUGGCGGCCUGGCUGCUGGUGGGACUCGCUGUGGUGGGCUUCCCCGAGCACCUCCGUGAUGGCCCUAGCCACCUCUCAGUUCUUCUCUCCGCGGUGAAAUCUUCCAAGAGAUGGAACGUCCACGACGAUGAAGAUGAUGAUGGUGGUGGUGGUGAUGAAGAGAGGAUGGGUCUCUUGCCUAGGACGGAGUGCGAGGGGAAUUUGAAGAGAGACAUGGGACCAUGGGGCUCGGCUGUGUGGGCGAGCAGGGAUCUACUCCAAAAGGUCAAGGACGAAGUGGGAGCGCCUGGCAUGGUUGUUGGAGUGUCGGUGAAUGGAGAGGUUGUUUGGACUGAAGGACUGGGCUUCGCUGACCUGGAGAACCGCCUGCCAUGUCACGGAAAUACGGUGAUGCGCGUCGCAAGUGUGAGCAAGAGCCUGACAACGGCAGCUUUAGCGCGGCUGUGGGAGGCCGGAAAGGUUGAUCUGGAUGCACCCGUGCAGACCUAUGUGCCUGACUUUCCCGAGAAGGAAUUCCAGGGCCAAAAGGUGACCAUCACUCCUCGACAAAUUUUGUCUCACUUCUCGGGGAUUCGCCAUUACGAAAAGGACCCACAGAAAGUCCGGGAUGAAGAGGAAAAACGAAAAAAAGCCCGAAGUGGACAGAAAGUGGACAGGACCGAGAAGAAAGCAAGUUUGGCCAGCAAGAACAACUCGGAGGACAAGAAAAAGCAACUAGAAGGAAACCCUAAAGAAACAGACAAAGUGAUAAAUGCACCAAAACUCAGAGGCAAUAGUCAGGAGUUUUCAAAAGAGGAAUAUUAUCUGAUGGAGAAAUUUUCAAGUGUGAGCGACUCGCUGAAACUGUUUAAAAAUGAUCCCCUCGUAUACAGACCAGGCACCGAGUUUCUCUACUCGACGCACGCUUUCACCCUGCUGAGCAGCGUGGUGGAGAGCUGCUCAGGUGACGACUUCGUGCAGCACAUGCUCAAGAUGUUCCGCCAGCUCGACAUGCUGAAUACUUUGGCCGAUCUCAAUGAGCCCAUCAUCUAUAACCGCUCCAGGUAUUACGUGUUUAACAAAAGGGGUCGGAUUUUGAAUGCACAGUAUGUCGACAACUCGUACAAGUGGGCUGGGGGUGGCUUCCUCUCCACUGUGGGAGACCUGCUGAAGUUUGCCAACGCCAUGCUUUACAGCUAUCAGACGGAAGCCUCGGAUGUAGAUAACGGCCAUCUGCCGGGCUACCUCAAGUCCACGACCAUGCGUGCGCUUUGGUCACCUGUCCCCGGCAGCGAGAUGUCUUGGGACCGGGACGGUGGAUAUGGCAUGGGGUGGGGCGUGGUUGAGAGCCGGCAGGAGUGCGGCGCUUGCCGGCGCACUCGCCGCUACGCUUCGCAAACUGGCGGCGCCGUCGGGGCCAGCUCCGUGCUGCUCGUGCUCCCUGCCGAAGGGACGCCAUCCCCUGAGCAAGGGCCGCACCUCCCGCGUGGCAUCGCGGUGUGCAUCCUGUGCAACCUGCAGUCAGUCGGCCUCAAUGCUGCCGCUUUGCAGAUAGCCCUCGAAUUUGAGAGAUGUGCUCAAAUGACUGUGUGUGAGCAUUGCCCAUGAGCCAAGGAGACGUGAAAGUCACUUUGUGUAAUGGACAUUUGCGUUCAGGAGACCAGGGUUCAGUAGCCGGUUGUUUAAAGCAGCUUAGGUAUAUUUUUCCUCCCAGUGUUCUUUAAAACAGUGUUUGACUGAAUGUGUAGCCAAAGGCAAAUGGGGUUGAGGUCCGAUAAAAGCAUCGUUAGACGAUGUGAAAAAGUGGAUGCCUAGGGAGACAUCUGUAGCGAUUGGUACAAAGUAGCGGUGACUGUAGAAGGCGCUCUGAUAAUUGCUACCAGAGCCUGCAGUGCUAAGGCAAUGGAGGAAAAAAAGUAAAGGGGAAAAUUAACUGAAGGUGUUUUAUGCAGGUCACUGCAUUUUGCCAUAUGAAGGGAAACAUUCAGAUCGGCCAUGUUACGAGUUGGCAACUGAGUAAUUGACAGUAUUAGCUUCAUAAUAUUCAACUGUAUAUAGAAAAUAUUGCAGUUUUAUGGUAGCAUAGACAUUUAGCAAAUGGCUACCUAAGUGUGCCAAACAAAAAAACCUCGCCAUUUGAUGGCAAUAAAUGAUAACGCAGGUGAUGCACUCGUGGCCUAAAAGCUAAACACAAAAAGUAAUUCUAAAGUAAUGAGUUUUCUAUUUAAAAGAGCAUAGCUCCAGUGGCUUCCUAAUAUUAGAAGGAAGAGCGUUCCAGACGGCCGCAGAAGCGCAACUGAAAGCAUGUGAUGCAGUGACCGUCUUUGUUCGAUGGUUAGCCAAAAGCAAUGACCAGAGUUUACGUGAUGGUUUAUGCUCCUUUGUGGCAAGCACUUAGUGCUGAAAAUUCGGGUUCACCUUUAGGAGGUGGUAAUCUGGUUUAUGUUAUGUUGAACACAACGUAAGCCACUGAUUUAAUUGUUGUAUUGCUACCGGUUAUGAAACGGUGGCGCCAUGUAGUGGAAACAUGUUGCGUGUUCAAAGGGGAAGGAGUCAAUUGCCCCUUUUGUUGUUUUAAAAGGCUUCUUGAUUGCAGACAUCGUUGAUUUUUUUUUAAAGGCCAUGGAACACCAGAGCCUUUAUUUUCUAGAUAAUUGACCUCACCUGAUUUUUCGUCACUUGCCAGUUUCCAAAGCCAAUGUUCUUUGUCCUGUUACAAACUUACGCCACGGGUUUAUUACAACAGUAUUGUGCAACAUGAGUAACUUGUGCUUUAAAUUGUUACCAAACCAUGUGAGCUGGGACGAUCAUAGCUGGCCCGUUGCCCAUCGCCAAUGAACCAACUACAUAUUCUCACAAGCAAUAACAUUUUAUGCUGUGCAUACCAAACCCUGCCUUUUAUGGACUUUUGUAUUGACUGCAAUCUUUUUUUUAUGGGCGGGGAGUUUAGAUGGUUAAGAAUCUUCCCAAUUGUAAAAUGUUCGAAAAAUAAAACAAUCCUUGGAUAA